AUGCUAAAGGACCGCAAACUGUGGACCAUCUCCGCCGGAAGCUCCCAUUCCCGAUCUCGGCAGCAACCACGGUACAGCUUCAAGAACGAGCUCUUUCAGCUGUUCAGCUCAAUCACCGCGCAUUGUUACCGCCAGUUGGCGCAGGCGAAUCGCAGCAUUUGGGAGCGCCUGUUCUGGCUCCUGGUGCUGAUCCUGGAAGUGGCCACCCUCGUCAGCAUGACCCUGUCGGCGUGGAACAAGUUUAAUGCCAACCCGCUGAUCACCACGCUCUACGAUACGAUCUAUCCCAUCGGAAACGUGCCCUUCCCGGGGAUCUCGCUGUGCAGCAACAACCGCAUUUCGCGUUCCGCCGCCGUACUCUACGCCCGCAGCCUGGCGCAGCGCGACGCCGAGCAGCGCAACGAGAGCUACUUUCUCGAGCAGAUCGCGCUACUCGGCAAGCUGUACGAUUUCGACUUCGAGAAUCUGCACCAGAUGACCAAGUUUCAGGAGUUUCUCGAUCGGCACGAUGUGAGCAACGCCACCGGCAUGUACAACGCUCUCGACACGCUCAGCAAGCUGUCGCCCCGCUGCGAGGAUAUGCUUCUGCGCUGCUUCUGGAAAAGCAUUGAGUUGCCUUGUAUGCUCCGGAACGACAUGAUUGAAGUGCGGCGCACGCAGUACGGCUUUUGCUGUACGUUCAACUUCGUUGGGCACAACGAGGACAGUGAAAUUCAUCCGCCACCGUACCACUUGGACGUAGGCGGACCGGAAAUGGGGCUCGUAGUGCUGCUGAAUGGGUCCACUAAUGACUAUUUCUACAACUUGUUCAACAACAUCGGAUUCAAUGUACGAAUUGAUGCGCUUUCUAUUACUUUCCGGGCCGCCGGUUGCGUGGUUUCGCCACAGCUUCAAAUUUUCAACCCCAACGAAGUGCCGGACAUCACCGCGGGCGGAGUGAGCGAACAGUUUAUCCAGCUCGGCAUGGAAACCUUCGUCCGCGUGGAUGCCAUCACCAUCUACAGCGAGCCGGACGUGCGGCGCUACUCGAGACAGAAGCGCCAGUGUGUGUUCCGGGACGAGGUGCACAAGUACGGGGCCAACUACGGGCGCAGCAACUGCGUGGCCGCCUGCCGCAUCCGCAGCGUGCAGGCCCUGUGCGAGUGCGUCCCGUUCUUCCUGCCCAUGGCCCGUGGCCCCGCGGGUAGCAACUCGGUAACGAUCUGCAAUUUGCAGCACAUCGCCUGCCUGAACAAGUACAAAAUCAAAUGGUCCACGGUGAUAACGGAGCUCGUGCAGAUAGCGGGCCUGGAGAAGGAGAUGGAGGAGUCGCUGUACUGCCCCGAGUGUCUGCCGGCGUGCUCGGACAGCAAGUACGAGACCAGAGCAUCGUCCCUGCCGCUCAUACCGACGCACCGGGAUGGGUUCGGCGUGAUGGCCGGCAUCACCGACGUGCGCGAUGUGGGCCUGGUACGCAUCUUCUUCGGCUGGUCGGAAACGUGGCUGUACAAGCAGAGCGUCGCCUACUACUGGUUCGAGAUGCUCAGCAACUUUGGCGGCAUGUUCGGCAUCAUCGGCGGCAUGUCGCUGGUAACGCUGGUGGAGUGUGUUUACUUUGUCGGCCGGCAGCUGGCGCUCGUGGUGGCGGGCCACGCGCGGACUGCCCGAGCCCGAGUCCACCAUCAGCAACGCACUCUUCCGCUGCUGCAGUAA